AUGAAGUUUUACAAUCUGACAAAACAGAAACUUAAAUAUGAAUUGAACAAUAAAAAUCCACCACAUCACAAUGUGGCAGAAAUAGUGACAACAAAAGUGGAACAAAUAUGGGACAAAGCUUCUAUACCACAUGUAAGCCACCGCCGUGUCCAAGAAAUGUUGAACAAGUACCACAAGACGUUCAUAAAUUUGCUAAAGCCAUAUAAGUCUAGAAAAGACUCCGGACCAUACCGAGAGAAAAUACCUCAGUUUAAAAAUGAAUCUAAAAAACUCUUUGACAUUUGCUCCUGCAAAAGUUCUUUCAUAUCUCAGUGUCAGUGUGAAAAGUCAAGAAAGAUACCCGCAAUUGAACGUGAUUUUCUAGAAGAUCAGCGGGGUCCACGAGGUAUGAUCUUUGCUAAAGUUGAUGAGGCCGAAUCCAUCAAAUUGCAAAAACGAUGUAUUCGUAAAGAGUUGACGCAGAGGCAGAUGUGCAGCAAAUCUGACAUUGAUGACAUCAGUGAGAAACAGUCAGAUGUUUGUAAGGAGUUUUCUUCUACGGAAGAGAAAACUGAUGCUAGCGAUGACGGAUCUGAUGACGAUUGUAUGCUGGAUCCUAAUGAAUAA